GUAGCGUACGUAAUGGUGGCUGCUUGCGUAAAGCGAUCAUUGCUGACAACUUUUGACAAAAAUUUACGGAAAACUUAUAGAAACUAACAAGGAAACUGGAUAAAUAAUCAAGGAUGAGUGUGUCGCGGGUGGCCAGCUGCUUCAUAUGCAGCACCAGCACGGGCGCCAGAAAUACCAUCAGCCUCAUACAAGACACGAGUAAUCUGCAAUCCGGCAAGAAACUGCUGGACAUUGUGAGUGAGAUAGCAGAGAAACCGUUGAAAGAGGAGGACAUACAUUCGACUGUCAUAUGCAAGAAAUGCAGUCAGACGUGCAAGGAAUAUGACGACCUGCAAGUGCGGCUAAAAACAAUCAAGUCGGAGCUCCACGGCCAGAUAAACAAGAACAGCGAGAGCCCCACCAAGCCGGAGAUGAAGAAAGUAGUCCUGCCGGCGUCGAAGCUGCACCCGCUGCCUCCGGACUUCGUGCUCAAUGUCGGUCGCAUUGCCAGAGUCACACAAAAGUCAGUAACCACUGUACCAUCAAAACUGAGCCUCAAAGUCACCGUGGGCUCAUCGGUCCUCACCCAAAGUAUCAAGACCACUCCGGCACUCGCCAAAAACAUUGUGAUACCAAAACAGGAGAAUGUCCAGCAUCAAGCAAGCGAAGACUUGGUGUUCGAAGAGAGCAGUUUGCCGAAGGAUUUUAUAUCUUCCGUGGUGCUGCAGAGGAUGGGAGAAGAUGGGAAUAAUGAUGAUCACGCUAUGGAAAUUGAUGAAGACUGUUCAUACGCUAUAGUAUCUCAAGAGGAUGGCACAAGCGAAAUAACAGAAAAGAAAUCGGGCGAGCAGUCAUCAUACGUGCUACAAAAAUCUGGCGACCAAUCAAUGUUUGAUGUGAGCCUGUUAUCAUCGUUGGAAGACAGCGGGGGUGAAAAUGAGACGGAAGCCACUACAGACCAGUACAUCGUUGGGAAACUGGAGAUACUGAGCGAGAGGGAAGAUGAGGACGACGAGGAACUGGGCGACCAAUCAAUGUUUGAUGUCAGCCUACUAUCAUCAUUGGAAGACAGCGGGGGUGAAAAUGAGACGGAAGCCACUACAGACCAGUACAUUGUUGGAAAACUGGAGAUACUGAGCGAGAGGGAAGAUGAGGAUGACGAGGAACAAACGAUAGUGAUGUCUGACGAGAACUCCAUAUUCCGAGUGGUGUCGGGGCAGAAGCUUGUAUACAGCGAGUCCGGCCUCGAGCUGCUCAGUGAAGACGCGGACACGCAGGCCGACAGCCAAGAUGACGAAGACUCACAAAUAGAGCUUCAAGUAUCUGGAGAUGAGGAGACAGCAAACGCUAUUAUUGCCGCGGCACGGGAGCAAGGUGGCGCAUUCAUAAAAGUGCAGUCGGGGGAGAUGUAUCGCGUCAAAUCGGUGCAGAGCAAACCCAAGGAAGACGAAGAAAAGGAUUUCACAGAUCAUUUGCAGAUUGUGGUGAAGGAAGAUGGUGUAUUUAAAUGUGUGCUCUGCAAGAAGAAUAAAGCUAAAGGUUCCCGCACCGGUCGCUGCACAGGCGAAGCGGACUUCAUAAUGCGGCACAUGCGGACACAACACGACGCUCGAGUCUACAUCUGCCGCACGUGCGACAAGGUGCUGCGCCGGAGGGACCACUACAUCGCGCACGUCGGUCAGUAUCACUACAGGUUUACCAAAUGUCUCGCUAGAUGGCGCUGUACAGGUCGCUGCGCGAGCGAGGCGGGCUUCAUAAUGCGGCACAUGCGGACACAACACGACGCUCGCGUCUACAUCUGCCGCACGUGCGACAAGGUGCUGCGCCGGAGGGACCACUACAUCGCGCACGUCGGUCAGUAUCACUACAGGUUUACCAAAUGUCUCGCUAGAUGGCGCUGUACAGGUCGCUGCGCGAGCGAGGCGGGCUUCAUAAUGCGGCACAUGCGGACACAACACGACGCUCGCGUCUACAUCUGCCGCACGUGCGACAAGGUGCUGCGCCGGAGGGACCACUACAUCGCGCACGUCGCUGAACAUACGAAAGAAAGUUCGAGUCAAGACAAGAGCAGGUUCCAUGAAUGCGACAUCUGUCAUAAGAAAUACAGUUCCAAAACCCUACUAAUGGAGCAUAUGAACUUACACAACGGGCAGCGACCAUACACCUGCCAUAUAUGCCACAAGAGCUUCGCUUCCAAAUACACGCACCAGUCGCAUCUCAAGACGCAUUUGGACCGGCCGCGACCGUUCAAAUGCGAGUCUUGCGGCAAAUGUUUCUUCACGCUGCAGAACCUGAACCAGCAUCACAAGACGCACUCGGGCCUCAAAGAGUUCGAGUGCAACAUUUGUGGCAAAGCGUUCGGCACGCAGCACAACCUGGAGAUGCACGGCGUGGUGCACUCGGGGCAGAAGCCGUUCGUGUGCGGCGUGUGCGGGAAGGGGUUCGCGAGGCGGGCCGAGGUCAAGGACCACAUGCGCAUACAUACAGGCGAGCGUCCAUUCGCGUGCGACGUAUGCGGAGCGACGUUCUCCCAGCGUUCGAAUCUGCACUCACACAAGCGAGCCACACACUACGACGACAAGCGGUACAAGUGUGACCAGUGCCCCAAGAGGUUUAAGAGGCGAAGGUUAUUAGACUACCACAUCAAGGCGUCCCACACGGGCGAGCGACCUCUGAAGUGCGAAAUAUGUAAAGCUACCUUCGUGUAUCCGGAGCAUUACAAAAAGCAUGCCAGAAUACACAGCGGGGAGAAACCCUACGUCUGCGAGGUGUGCGGCAAGUCCUUCAACUCGCGGGACAACCGCAACACGCACCGCUUCGUGCAUAGCGACAAGAAACCGUACGAGUGUCUCGUUUGUGGAGCCGGCUAUAUGAGGAAACGGCUGCUGUAUUCACACAUGAACACACAGGGCCACUUGGCGGAGUCGAUAGUGGUGAACCAGCCGCGCGUCACCAUACAGCGAGUCUCGGACGGCGCGCCGGGAGACAACGUUUACGAGUCCGCGGAAGAGUUAGAAUUAGACAGUGAAGGAACGGUGGAGGCUAGUGGAAGCCAAAACGCGGUGUACAUAGGCGAUAAGAAAUACAAGUACAUCCUUCAGGACGGGAAGACUUCGCUCAACCUGGUGCGGGAUACUGAAGACAUUCUCACUUAUAAUUUGGAGGGAGAUUUGAAGUCUGAAUCGAAUUUCCUCGAGGCCGUCACCGCUGAGCAGUUGGGAGAGGAAUCACAGGUAAAUACAGUUACUUCAUUAUCUUCAAUAUUGUUCUAGCACUAGCCCAGAAUA